AUGAAUAAAACUCAUCCCCAGAAAAGUAAAGUUUGUGUGGCUGUGGGAUUCUGUAAAUGCCUUUUAUCCCUUUCCUUCCAGAUAAACGGUGAUGUAGCUACUUUUGGUUCAACAGAGUCCUUCUCUGGAAAAAGAGGCUGCUGCCAUCCCUGUGGUGCCCGUCCUGGCUGCACACAGAGGCCCCUCUGCAUCUCUGCCCUGGCGCUGCUCGUCCUCGCAGCCGCCGUGGCCUCGGCGGUGGCAGCCCUGGCACUCCUGCCACGGGCACCAGAGAACCGCCUCUGCACAGCCCCUAAUAACAGGACAGGCUUCUUGUGUGACGACAGAGUGACUUGUGUCCCAGCCAGCUGGGUCUGUGACAGAGUCAGCAACUGCAGGAACGGAGAGGAUGAGCAGGAGCAGCUCUGUGGUGACUUGCCCCACAGCCUCCCAGGGUACCUGGUUUUCUACUGCAGCAACCCCAGAUCCUGGGUUUAUGCUGACCAGAGGUGUAAUGGGAUGAAUGACUGUGGGGACUGCUCUGACGAGUCCUGGAGCUCGGCUGCCUGUCCCCCGUGUGGGCAGGAGUGGUGGAGCUGCAGCCCCGUGCACUUCGAGUUCUGCUCCUGCAUCCCCCGGAGGCUGUGCCGGGAUGGCAUCCAGCACUGCCUGGGCUGGUCCGACGAGUUCCUCUGCCCAGCCUGAAUCCUGGUGCCCAUCCCUGCUGGGGACAGCAGGGUGCUUCCCACACCUCACCCUGGAGCCUCGGCUCCUGCCCUGCCGCCUGCUUGGGAAGCUCCGGCCCGAGCAAAUCCCCCUCACAGCACAGUGACAGCGACAAAUCCCCCUCACAGCGCAGUGACAGCGAGCAGGGCCUGUGGCAGCCCUCGGCUGGACGCUGGCUGUGGGACAGAUGCCAGGAGGCUGAGCCAUGUCAAGGUGACAUUUCCUUCAUGGGCAGCACUGACUCGAUGCUGGGCUGGAGAGGCUUCACCAGCCAUGGCUGGCACAGCCCUGGGUCAGGGCUUCCUCCUCUCUGGACAGCCCGGGGCCUCAGCAGGCCGCCACACUGAGAGCAGCAGGAGCUGAGUGAGGUGAGGUGAACACACCUUCACAGUCCUGAUCUUCACUGCUUCUUCUGUUUGUGUUCAGAACUCAUCUGCAGGUGCUUUCAGCAGUGACUUUGAGGGCUCUGUGCUGAUGCUCCUGGGACGCUUCCUUGGGAAUGCUGUGCUGGGAUGACACUGUGGGGAGCUGCUGCUCAGGCCACCUCCUGCUCUCUUCUCAAACCAUAAAGGCCAACACAGAGAGUGAAAUUGCAUGGAAAACUGGAGAAGUUUUAA